AUGUCACCAAAUAAUGCAAAAGUGAAAACAAGAAAACUUAAAGAAAGAUUAGAAACUCAAGCCCAACAAAAAGAAGAGGAAUUAACCACGGAAUUAAACCAAAUCAAACAACAAAAAGCAGAAUUAGAAACUAAACUAACUGAAUCAGAAAAUACUCUGGCUAAUUUGCAACAGCAAUUAGACCAAAUUAAAAAUGAACUAUCUAAAAAAGAACAGCAAAGACAAAACUUAGAACAAAAACUAACUACUGAACAAACUAAAUCUACUGACUUAGAAAACCAACUGACUGCUCUAGCAGUCUCAAGUGGUCUCCUUACCCAACAAGUAGAAAAUUUAACUCAGCAACUCAGCGAAAGUGAACAAAAAGAAAAAACUACGCAACUAGAAGCGGAAGUAAGAGGGAAUUUAAUUCGUGAACAAGGCGAUAAACUAAAUCAACAACAAACCCAGAUUACUAAUUACCAACAAUUAUUAAGAAACAGUGAAGAAAACUUAAAAAAGUGUCAAGACCUUAUUGCUCAAAAAACAGAGCAAUUAUCUCAGUUAGAGCAAGAAAAAAACGACCUUCAACUAGAACUAGACCAGGCCCAAGCAAAAAUAAAGCAAUUAGAAACUAAUUUACUUACUUCUCAAACUAAAAUUCAGCAAUUAGAAGCCAAAAUUAAGGAACUAGAAAGCAAAGGAAAUUCUUCUGAAUUAACCAGACUAAAAAAAGAACUAGCGGAAGAAAAGAAAAAGAACCAAACUGAGAAAACUAAAUCCCAAUCAGAAAUCAAUCGCCUAAAACAAGAACUAAAUCAAACUAAACUUAAAGAAGAACAAUUAAGUCAAAAAAUAAAAGAGUUAACUGUCUUUUUAAAAAAAACCGAUCUCACUAAUUUACAAGCCAAGUUCCAAAAAUGGAGGCAGAAAGUCCAAACCUCACUUCCUAAUAAAAAACCUACUCCAACUCCAAAAAUUGACUGGAAUAAUUUAAGUGACAAAGCCGAGAAACUAGAAGAAGGAACCAAGUGGAUUGACUGA